AUGGCGAUAGUGAUGUUGAAAAGUGGCUUCAACUACUUCUCAGCAUGCCGUAUCCCAACAAUUCCUAACUCAAUGGCUAUACCACCCACGAGCAUGAGCAUGGAGAAGCUGGAGGAGAAGAUGAUGACGACGACCACGAUGGCGCCCGCCGCCGCCGCCCCCGCCCCCAGCAUCAUGAUCAUGUCGCGGCAGCAGCGGGACGCGCCCGCCCCCGACGACACAUACGGGUUGGAGAGCCUGGAGGAAGUGCUGGCAGAACCGCCAGGCGAGGACAAUGCCUCUGGUGGAGAUGCAUCCAACUACUCGGACUGGGACGACGAAGAAGUCGCGCCGUAUAGAGACGCACACACCACACACGACGAGGACUCAGCACUGUCCGAGAAGAUGGAAGCAGUUCAUAGAGAUAUGAGGCCAUCCAACGAUAUACAGAUAGGAAAUGGUGAAAUAUUAGAGCUGUCAAUACACACGAACUCAGAACACGAAGAUUUGAGUAUGUCUAACAAAAUAAACACUGCACAUAGUGAACACUCAAUACUCUCAAAAAAUAUGGAUGCAGAACAUGAGGUAUAUUUGAAGCCACCCAACAUAGCUAAAGUUGGUGGAGAAGACUCAACACUGUCAAAGAAGAUGAACAAAGAACAUGAGAAACAUUUGAUGUCACCCAACGAUAUAGACGUGAAACAUGGCGAGGCUUCAACUCUGUCCAAGAACGCAGAACAUGAGAAAGACUUGAAGCCAUCUAACAACAUAGAUAUAGACCACAGUGAAGACCCAAUGUUGUCCAAGAAGAUGGAUGAAAAUCAUGAGGAAGACAUGGAUCAAGCAAAUGAAGACUUCGAGCUACAGUUGGAGGCCAGCCCGGUGGAGCAGUCGGCGGCCAUCUUGCCCUGCUCGGGGCUGCUGGUGUGUGCAGCGCGCCGGGCGGCGGGACGCGCGGUGGCAGACCUGCUCAGUGGCGCCAUGGUGUGGCUGAGCGGGGACGACGAGAACUACGCGAGGAAGCUCGCCCUGGCCGCGGAGAGCGCGCGGGAGUCGGGCGGCUGCUCGAGGCACAUCCAGGACUGCCAACAUGGCGGCGAGAGCACCUGGCUGCCGCUGGCGGCCUCCGUCAUCGAGAGCUUCACGUAG